AUGAUUGUUCCAGUUAGAUGCUUUUCCUGUGGUAAGGUUGUCGGUGACAAAUGGGAAGCUUACUUGAAUAUGUUACAAGAAGAUGAGUUAGAUGAAGGUACUGCUUUGUCUAGAUUGGGUUUGAAAAGAUACUGCUGUAGAAGAAUGAUUUUAACCCAUGUUGAUUUGAUUGAAAAGUUUUUGAGAUAUAACCCUCUAGAAAAGAGAGAUUAA